UACACCCGGAAGUAGACGACAUGCACUGCAGUAAAGCGUGUUUUCCACUGUUGUCACUGUUUAAUUAGGUUCUGUGGCGUUUUUAGUUUUAAAUAAAACUCAGUGGUUACAUACAUUUGUUAUGGCUGGCAGUCGACUUGAGAAAUUCGGGACUGUAUUUACAAGGGUUCGGGAUUUAAUGCGUGCUGGAGUCAUAAAGCCGGAACAGAAACCCAUCUGGUUUGAUGUAUAUGCCGCUUUUCCUCCUAAAAGGGAGCCUUUAUAUGAGAAACCAGCGAGAAGAAUAAAGAGACGAACAGAAGACAGCGUGCCUGAAAUUUUUUACAAGGAGGAUGAAAUCAGAGCGAAGUUUUUUGAAGUGUAUGGUAAUGGACCAAGAGCUUUUGAGCUCCUCAGACCCAACUUUGUAUCACCUUGUCAGAGGUUUGUAUUGAAGUACAGUGAAUUGGAAAGGCGUGGUGAUGUAAAACAAGAGAUGCUGUUUGAAGAAACCGCUAAAGCUCUCCUCUCAGAGGGGGUUCUUUUAAGGAAAAGGGGAGGACCAGCGCAGGUGGCGAUAGAGGCACGUGAUCCUUUGCUGAACAUGAAGUUGACCGAAAUGUUGGCAGAGCAGCAAAGAGACACAGACGUUGAGACAGAUGUUGCAAAGAAGCAGCCGGAGGAGGAGGCAGACAAUGCUGACAGCCAGUCGACAUCAAAAAUAUAAUUUCCUCCUUUCUGUUAGGAAAACAUAAACUGGUCCUGCCUCUGGUAAAUUCCUCGGCACAGAAUGCUUGAACACAGAUAUUGUUUGGUUGGUUUGGGACUCUGUUUGACUCCAACGGCAUUAUUCGGUUGUUCCCUUCUUGGUAUUAAAUGAUUGAAGUUGAAGACAUGUACAGUUACAGCUUUUUUUGGCUUGAUUCUUUAUGCCAAGCAGCUGUUAAAGACCAUAUCUGACAGCGAUUUUUAUGUUCUGUAAUACAGAGCUAGAGUAUUAUAUUUUAAUGUCUGUGUGGAAUAAAAAAUGUGGACUGUUUAAUUAAAGUACUUAAGUGUCCAUUAACGACAUUAGCGGGGAAAGUAUCAGCAUAUUAAAUACUCAGAAAACUGUAAAGAUAUAACACUUUAUUAAGUCACUCCAUAAACUUAUGAUUUACAUCCAUGAUGAUAUAAAACCUUUUCCACUGUUCCAAUUUAUAUGCAUUUAUUUACGCUUAGACAUACAGUUGUGUGGAAAAACUAAAUGUCGGUCCCUGCCUGACUUUUUAUUUUUUUGCAUGUUUGUCACACUUAAAUCAUGUAUCAGAUCAUGAAACAAAUGUAAAUAUUAAAUUAAAGAUAUCAGAAGUACACCCAA